CGUAAUUACGACGCUGAUCUCCCUUCUCUCCCCCUCGAUUUUUCGAGGGAUUUCUUGUUUUAAAUUCGGUUCAGAUCGUUGGAAUUCGCCGUAGUUUCAUCGAUCGGAUCUUAUAUCCUGUUCCUUAGCGUUUCCCUUCUCCCCGUUCCUGUUUUUCCCCAAUUGUUUCGUCCUGGCGGUUCUUCAAUCGAUCGGGGAUUGUUGAGAAGCGAAAAGUCACCACAUUUUGAUCUUUUACUCGGGUCUAAUCGGAAAUGGAGCCGAUGGAUAUCGUCGGGAAAUCAAAGGAGGACGUCUCGCUUCCAAAAGCAACUAUGUCCAAGAUUAUUAAGGAAAUGUUGCCGCCUGACGUCCGUGUUGCUAGAGAUGCUCAAGAUCUUCUUGUUGAAUGCUGUGUGGAGUUCAUCAACCUUGUUUCUUCAGAGUCGAAUGAAGUAUGUAGUCGGGAGGAAAAGAGAACAAUUGCCCCCGAGCAUGUUCUCAAGGCUUUGGAGGUUCUCGGUUUUGGGGAGUACAUAGAGGAGGUAUAUGCUGCAUAUGAACAGCAUAAGCUCGACACUCUGGACUCACCGAAAGGUGGCAAGUUCAGCGGCAUUGAGAUGACAGAGGAGGAAGCACUGGCAGAGCAGCAGAGGAUGUUUGCAGAGGCCCGAGCAAGAAUGAACAAUGGAAUGACUCUACAGAAGCAAUCAGACCCGGAUCAUGGUUUCAAUGGCUAAUAUGGAAGCCAAAGAUCAUAUGAUUGUGUGGACAUUCUUGGAUAGAACUUGCAUAAUCUUCAGGCUGUGGAGUUCUGCAGAGUUGUGCUGUGUGUAUCUAGUUUGAAUUAUGCUAAUCGCACCAAUUUGUAUCAUGUUGAAACCAAAAUAUAGUAAAAUUUCUUUUCUGUUGCCAAA